AUGGUGGUUGACCCAGCUUGUGUUGCUGACAUCGAUGCCUUGCUGGGAUCACAGACGCCAGUGAACCAGAUUGUGGGCCGGUUGGUGGCUGUCCUCCAAAAAUAUGGGCUUGCUCAUUACCAAUCUGGUGUGACACCAUCCCAGGUUCUGUGCCAUCCCCACAACAGAGCCAGGCAAAUGAUUUCAUGGCUGGACAUGUGGGCCAAAAGCCAACAGAUGUUGGCCAUUGGAAUGAAAAGGCAGUUGCUUGGGGAGAGCAUGGCCAUGGAGUUGACCAAGAGGGAGCAGCAGAUCAACGCCAACAAGGCCAUCAUCAAGGAGGCAGCAGGUUCCAUGGCACCAUUGUGUGGCCAAGAACGUUGCCUCAGCCUCUCUGCUUCCCACACCACUGCAUUUUUGAGAGCCAUCCAACAUGGCUGCACACCAGAAAGUGGACCAGCCAUGGAAGUUCCAAGGGAUGAUACAGCAUGGGACCUCACACAGAUUGGCUGGCAAUGGCUGAUUUUUGGCCACUUGGUGGAAAAGCAGUGGCCAAUGUUGCCAUCCAUGCUCCAAGGAGCCUUGAAUUCUGCCAAUGCCAUCUCCAAAGCUGCCAAUGAAUUGGAAUUGGCAGCCCAGCUAGCCAAUUUGUUCCAGCAUGGUGUGCCACUCAAGGAAGCCAAGAGCAAAGCCCAAGCCAGCACCACUGUGGAGCCACAGCUUUUGGUAGACCUUUGCCAUUUUAUCACCCAGUAUGCUGGAGGCAGGAACUUCAACAUCCAGCUCCAAGUGGGCCAUGACAUCUUCCAAGCCAUGUGCUACACCAACUUCAAAGUGAGUGGCCAAAUCUUCCCUCUGCUGAGGAUUGCCAUAUGGGCUGCCAUGUUGUGCACCCAAAAGCAUCAGGACAACAUCCAGAAGCCAAUUGUGAAGGGUGACAUUGACAGACUCAAGUCCCAGGGCAACUUGGACAAAGUCCAGCUGGCAGAAGAGCAGCUCCAAGCCAGCUGGAAAGUUGCCAAAGCUGGAUCAGACCCAAGGUUGGCCAUAAAAGCCUGUGGCCUGAUGUGUGUCAGGACCAUACUUCUCUUGGUUGGCAAGCAAAAGUGGUCCAGGGAAACCAAGACCUACAAGGAUCUUGCUGCCAUUUUGGUCCAGUUCACCACUGACAUGAAAGGAGGAAGCACCAGCCUGCCAGAGGAAGACAAGCCAGAGACACCAACUGAUUUCAUGGCUGCCAAACCAGAAGAUGUUGCUUUGCACCAAAACAAGCACAUGAAGAAAGGUGAGCUGUACAUUUGCAACAAGGAGCACCCCAGCCAAGUCUUCGAGUUCACAGCCAUCAAUGACCAGGAUUUGCUUCAUCAGCAGGUGCCCAUGGCCAAAGAGGAACUGUCCAAGUUACAAGCCAGCUUGGCAUUGCAUGAAGCCAUCAGGAAAGCCAAGGCUUUGAAGCUGGUGCCAUUGGGGCAUUUGACCAAAUUGAAGGAUCCACCUCCCAAAGAGUACUAUUGCAUAGAGCAUGGUGGAACCAAGUGGCAAAUCAAUCCAUGGAAGCAAUAUACCACUUGGGCUGAUGGUCCCCAAAAGCAAGAAUGCCUCAUCCCAUUUUGGUGGGUCAAGGGCACCAAGGAAAACUUCAACAUGGAAUUGGGCACCAUCACCCACGGUUCCAUCAAAGUACCAUGCUUCCAGAAUUCCAAGCCCUUGGCUGCCAAUGAGCUUUUGCAGUACCAGAAGGCAGAGGACACCCAAGAGGACAUUCCUGCCCAAGGGAGCCAAGGCAGCGCACCCAAGAAGAGAAAGACCAAUUGA